GGGCGGCGCGGUGGCCGAGCGGCGGCAGCGGCGGCAGAGGUCUCGCCAGUCCGGACAGGAGUGGGUCAAAGGCGCAGCCUGAGCCCGCCAUGGAGCAGCCCAAGAAGGCGGUGGUGGUGACGGGGUUCGGCCCUUUUGGGGAACACACUGUGAAUGCCAGCUGGAUUGCAGUCCAGGAGUUGGAGAAGCUGGGGCUCGGUGACAGCGUGGACCUGCAUGUGUAUGAGAUUCCAGUGGAGUACAAGACAGUCCAGAGGCUCAUCCCCGCCCUGUGGGAGAAGCACAGUCCACAGGUACCUCUGCGACUUCGCCUACUAUACCUCUCUGUACCAGAGUCACGGCCGCUCAGCCUUUGUUCACGUGCCCCCUCUGGGCAAGCCCUACAGUGCAGACCAGCUGGGCCGGGCACUUCGGGCCAUCAUCGAGGAGAUGCUGGACGUCCUAGAGCAGUCAGAAGGCAAACUCAACUGUUGCCACAAACACUGAUUGCUGCUCAGGCCUCCCAAGACCUCAUUCUGCCAGGGACCCUGAGAGAGACGUCCGCCCUCCGGGGCCUGACUGGAAAGGACGAGCCCAUCAGCUGGGGAUCUGUUUUGGAUCAAAUAUGCCAACUUACACACCUCCUCUCCCUUUUUCUCUGCAAAAGCACUGGUUGAUUUGAAGGCCGCAGUGAAGAUUUUUUUCUCUAUUUCUCUUUGCAUCUGGGGAUACAGCUGUGGCAGCCAGGAAGCCGGGAGGUCCUGAUUUCUGCAGAGAACCCCUAUCAGGUGUCUCUCGUCCGCGAUCCUAUGGCUGGGGCUACCUGCCAUUCUAAGUCUGUGGUGGAGGGAUUCCAGAGUUCCCUCCGUCCGUGACUGUUAUUUCCCAAAUGUAAAAGCCUCGUGGAGACUCUUUACCCCGAUCCAUGUCCCAGCAACCUGGACAGCCCCAGCAAGGGCCGCCUUGGGAUCUGGCAUGGCUUUUUUUCUUUCUUUCUUAUUCUCUUUUUAAAAACAAUAGUGCUAGUUUGGGCACAGAGUAAUUUAUAUUCCCUUUGGUUAAAACGCGGGCUUUAGCCAAACACAAAAGUGUCUUUUCUUUUUCCUGGGGUGCAGCCCCUUCUGCCUCCUGCCCUGAACACUGGACCUACAUCUUUGUUUUGGGAGUGACAUUGAGGUCCCCUUGCUCGCGGCGGGGUGGCACUGGGCCCAUGGCCAGACCACGGGGAGUGGGGGGUGGCUGGUGCCCCAAGAGACUGAAAGGGUUGGCUGAUCCUUUCAACGACCGAGCUGUGAGCUGUACCCACGGGGCCACUGGGGCCAGGCUGCCGCUGGGAAAGCAGACUCUCAUUUCAACAUGCACAUGACUUUUUUUUUUUUUUUAAUAUGUAAAAAUGCAUAGCAGCUGCAAACCUACCCCACAUCUGACCUGGAUUUUCAGUCUUGGUGCUUGUUUUCCUUAAGGGGAGAGGGCCAAAAUGGAGUCUGGGGGCUGAACUCCAUGUGUGCUGGUGUAUUUGAGCAGGAGAGCGGUGGGGCAGCCAGCAGGCUUCGUGUAGUUGGUUUUUGGAUGCGCCUAGGGCUCGGUAAAUUUUUAUCUCACUCCCUGGUAAAUUUUUAUCUCACUCCCCGGUGACUUUGAACUUACCAACAGGGGUGAGAGUGACAUCUCCCAGGAGGCAACUAAAUUCAGCUGGACCCUGACACCCAUCAGACAGAGGGGGUGGCAGAAGCAACCGUGAGGAAAACACACAUUUUGGAAGUAUUCUUCUAUUUUUUGGGAGAACACGCAGUUUUAUCGCUUCACUAAGUGUGAAGCGUGCUGGAGUCUGAUGCUGUGUUGGAUCAUGUUGGUGUUUCCCAGCAUGCAGUUCUUUUGAAAACAGCUGAGAUUUUUGUUUUGUUUUGUUUUCUUAAACAUUCGCCCUCUUUCCCUCCUGUUCCGAUGCCCAGGGCGGUUGCUGACUCCAUUGAGCUGCUGUGUCUCUUGGAGACCAGGUUGAUAGGUUUCUGAGUGAAAUGCAUUUUCUGAGUCCUGGGCUUUCUCUGGAGGGGAAAAGUGGGCACAGGUGGGUGACGUGGGGUCAGCAUAUGGCAGUGGGUGUGUACCAUGGCCCGCAGGGUAAAAUGAUCAGGACCUAGCUCCCCUCUCCAUGCCAGCCCUCCCUCUGCCAGAAAUGCCCCUUCCACAUCCCUGGUCCGAGUUUGCAGUCUCCUGAGAAAUCUGGAGCAUAAGAUGUCAUGGCAUCUACUCAUUCAGCUGGCUUCUGUGAGCAGAGGUUGUGGCUCUUUUGAAUGCGGGGGUGCUCAAGGCCAGGGGGUCCCCCAGAGGUCUUAUUAAGAAUGGCAUCUAGCUCUAACUAGCUGUGUUCUCUAAAGGUCUGAUCUGUGGGGCUCUGAGGAGGAAAUGGAUCUAGGCAAGCUGGAGUAGGGAGGGAAGACUGGAAGUGAGCCAGGUUUGAGCUUAGCUGGGUGCCCACGGAACCCAGACACACCAUCCCCAAACUCUGCAUUUUCAUCUUUCUUUUGUGCUCCCUUCUCUUCUCUGUUUAAAGCGCCAUGUGGUUUAGCAACUUAGAGAUAUAAUUUAUUGUCUGAUCAUUGUCGAGUGUGUGUGUGUCAUUUUUGUGUUCCUGUAAUGGUUUUAGAUUUCCUCAUCAAGUCAAACCAGAACCCUGUCCUUGUUCAUGAUGCAGAGCACAUAGCUCAUUUUUAUUUAAUCAGAUAGCCAUUAAACAUUUCACUCGCUCCCUGCCAGCUUUGAAAUUUUCCUGUUUUAAUUACUUUUAUCUUUCUCUUUGGGGCAAACUCAGCCAUUCAAUCCAUGGUAUAUCUGUCUGCAUUUGUUGGGUCCCGGACAAAAAUGUCCUUGUGUGAGAAGAGGGGGACCAGGUCUCAUUCCUUCUGCCAUGUCAUUUCAGGGUCUGGGUUGUCGGGGGCACAGAAUAGGGAAAGGCAUGAGCCUGUGAAGUGGGUGCAGCUUGGCAUGUACGGAGGUGAGCAAUGCCAGAAGGGCUGGGUGCAGUGAGUGU